UUGAAAAUAUGAAAGUUGAAAAUACAACUCUCGAAAAUCAACUUAUUGAAAAUAUUGAAAAUAAAAUUGAUAUAGAAAAUCAAUUUAUUGAAAAUGUUGAAACUAAAAUUGAUACGAUGAAAAUUGAAACAACCGUCGAAAAACUUCAUGCAGAAAAAGUUCAAGUUGAAAAUAUUGAUACUUUAAAUAUUAAACAAAGUGAAACUAAAAUAGAAAGCGUAAAGAAUAUUAAUGUGGAAAAUAUAGAUGCUAAAAUGAAAAGUGUUGAAACGAUGAAUGUUGAAAAUGUUGAUACUAAUAUAGAGAAAGUUGGAGUAAUGAAUGUUGAAAAUGUCGAUUCUAAGAUUAAUAUUGAAAAAGUUGAAACGAAGUAUGAAACGCAAUAUAUUGAAACAAAAGUUGAAACACAAUAUAUUGAUACACCAAACAUAGAUAAUAUAAAGAGUACAAACACAAAUAUUAAAAAUAUUAAUUCUGUAGAUGAUUUUGAUUCACAAAAUCUACAUGUCGAAACUAUAGAAAACGUUCAAACGAUCAAUAUUAAUAAUUAUAAUAACGAAGUAAAGAACAUUAAUGAGAUCAAUAAUUUCAACGAGGUAAAGAAUAUUAAUGAAAAUAUAAAUAAUCAAAUUAUCACCGAGGUUAAACAUGAAACUAUAGUACAAAAUACGAUCAUACAACAGGCAGCUCAACCUGAAGAAAAACAACCUCAUUGGAUGGACAAUUUAGUGGCCGUUUUUAAAGAUGUUGAAAAACGAGUAUUAGGUGUAGGUGAAGGAUCAAAUAGAAAGAGCUUAUUGUUUCCCAGCCAUGACGAUAGAGCAAAAAGAAGUUCAUAUUUUUCCACUAACGAUGAAGAAGUUAGGAGAAAUUCAUAUUUUUCUAAUAAUGAUGACGUAACGAAGAGGAGUUCAUAUAUGUCUAAUGGCGACGACAAAUCCAAGAGAAUAAGUGUAUCUUUGUCUAAUGAUGACGAAGCAAAGAGAAACAGUGUAUCUUUAUCUAAUGGUGAUGACGAAUCAAAGAGAAAUAGU